AUGGUUGAUAUCAGUGAAGAUAAAAAUGAAAUUAAGGCAGAAUUGCCAAAUACUCCAAGUAAGGAUGAUAAAUCCAAGAAUAAGAAACAAGAGGAAGGUGAAGAAUUAUCUGAAGAGGAUUUCAAGCUAAAAUCUGAUUUAGAGCUGUUGGUUGAUAUUUUAAAAGAUUCUGACACAGCACUUUUUGAAACUUCCUUAAACCAAUUGAAGGAAUUCAUUAAGAAUUCUACAAGUUCUAUGACUGCAGUUCCAAAACCGUUGAAGUUUUUACGUCCUGCUUUUCCAGAUUUAUGUUCUGUAUACGACAAAUGGGAAGAUAAGAAGUUGAAGGCCCUAAUCGCAGAUGUUUUAUCUGUAUUAGCAAUGACUUAUUCUCAAGAUAAAAAACAUGAUUCUCUAAGAUUUAGAUUACUUUCUGACGUCAAUGGCAUUCAAAGUUGGGGUCAUGAAUACAUGCGUCAUUUAUCAUUAGAAAUUGGUGAAGUUUACAACGAACAAGCUGAGCAAGAAGCCAGUAAAUCUGCUGAAAAUGGCACUAAAGUAACUACUUCAGAAGAGACUUAUAAUUUUUCAAAAGAUGAAUUACUACACUUGGCACUAGAGAUUGUUCCUUACUUUUUAAAACAUAAUGCGGAAGUUGAUGCUGUUGAUUUGUUACUGGAAUUAGAAGCAAUUGACAAAUUGCCACAAUAUGUAGACGAAGGUACCUACAGAAGAGUAUGUCAAUAUAUGGUUGAAUGUGUACCAUUAUUACCACCACCAGAAGAUAUCGCAUUCUUACAAACUGCAUACACUAUUUAUCUUUCAGAAGCUCAACUAACUGAUGCUCUAGAAUUGGCUAUUAGAUUGGGAGACGAUGGUUUAAUUAGAAAUGUUUUUGAUGCUUCUCCAGAUGAAAGUGUACAUAAACAAUUAGCUUAUAUUUUAGCAAAUCAAAAAUCAUCAUUUGAAUAUGAAAGUGUACAAGAUAUUAUUGGUAACACAAAACUAUCGGAACAUUUCCUAUACCUAGCUAAAGCUUUGAAUUUAACUGCCCCAAAAGUUCCAGAAGAUGUUUAUAAGAGUCAUUUAGAUAAUUCUAAAUCGGUAUUUACCGGUACAGGUUUGGACUCUGCUCAGCAAAAUUUAGCUGCCUCCUUCGUCAAUGGUUUCUUAAACUUGGGUUACUGUAACGACAAAUUGGUUGUUGAUAAUGAUAACUGGGUAUAUAAAACUAAAGGAAAUGGUAUGACUUCUUCUGUUGCCUCCAUCGGCUCCAUUUAUCAAUGGAAUUUAGAUGGUUUGCAACAAUUAGAUAAAUACUUAUAUGUUGAUGAACCUGAAAUUAAAGCAGGUGCAUUAUUAGGUAUUGGUAUUUCUGCUGCAGGUGUUCAUGAUGGAGAUGUUGAACCUGCUUUAUUACUGUUACAAGAUUACAUUACAAAUAAAGAUCAAAAGAUCAGCUCAGCUGCAUCACUAGGUUUAGGUAUUGCUUUCGCCGGUAGUCAAAAUGAAGAAGUUUUAGGUUUACUUCUACCAAUCGCAGGCGAUACCUCUCUACCUAUGGAAACCUCGGUUAUGGCCUCAUUAGCAUUGUCGCAUGUAUUUGUUGGUACAUCUAAUGGUGAUAUAACGACAUCUAUCAUUGACAACUUUUUAGAAAGAUCUGCCAGUGACUUAAAGACAGAAUGGACUAAAUUUUUAACUUUAUCAUUAGGGUUAUUGUUUUUAGGACAAGGUGAUGAAGUUGAUGAUGUUCUUGAAACAAUGAGUGCAAUCGAUCAUCCAAUGGUUUCUGCAAUGGAGGUUUUAAUUAGCGCUUGUGCAUAUACUGGUACCGGUGAUGUUUUAUUAAUUCAAGAUUUAUUACAUCGUCUAACUCCAAAAUCUGUUAAGAAGGGAAAUGAAGAAGAAGUUGAAGAAGAAGAUACUAAAGAAGCAUUAAGUGAAUUUUUAGGUGAACAGACGGAAAAUGCCACUAAACUUGAAAAUGCUGAUGAAAUGGAUGUUGAUGAGGAACCAACAGUAAAAGCUCAAGAAGAUGGCACUUCCAUAAAAACUAAAACUGAAAAUGAUGAUGAUGCUAAAGAAAAGGAUUCCAAAAGCAAAAAGGAUGAAGAAGAAAAAGAUGAAGAAGAAUUGAAUGUCGAUAUUACAUAUGCAGUUUUAGGUAUCGUGAUGAUAGUAUUAGGAGAAGAUAUUGGUAAAGAAAUGAGUUUACGUCAUUUCAGUCACUUAAUGCAUUAUGGUAAUGAACAUGUACGUCGUAUGGUCCCCUUAGCUAUGGGUUUAGUUUCCUUAUCAGAUCCACAAAUGAAAGUUUUUGACACAUUGUCUCGUUAUUCGCAUGAUCCUGAUAUUGAUGUUUCUAUCAACUCUAUUUUUGCUAUGGGUUUAUGUGGUGCAGGUACUAAUAACGCAAGAUUAGCUCAGCUUCUAAGACAAUUAGCUAGUUAUUACAGUCGUGAACAAGAUGCAUUAUUUGUUACCAGAUUAGCUCAAGGUUUGGUACAUUUAGGUAAAGGUACCAUGACAUUUGAUUUGUUUAACGAUGCACAUGUUUUAAAUAAGGUCACAUUAGCAUCCAUACUUACUGUAGUCAUUGGUAUGUCUACUCCAAGUUUUAUGUUAGAACACCAUGAAUUAUUUUUUAUGCUAAACAGUGGUGUUAGGCCUAAAUACAUAAUCACUUUGAAUGAAGAUGGCGAGCCUAUUAAAGUAAAUGUUCGUGUAGGUCAAGCUGUCAACACUGUUGGUCAAGCUGGUAAGCCAAAAACCAUAACAGGUUGGAUUACUCAAUCUACGCCAGUCCUAUUAAAUCAUGGAGAAAGAGCUGAACUUGAAAAUGAUGAAUAUAUAAGUUUGACUAAGAAUAUUGAAGGGGUAGUCAUAUUAAGAAAGAAUCCUGAUUUUAACGAAGCUGAAAAAUAG